CCCUUUGUAGGGUGAGUGGAUGCAGGGGGAGGAGCCCGACACUGUGCCCGUGCGCUGAUUGGCUGGGGCCGCGCACAUGCAGAGCAGCAGCUUUGUGUGAGUUGAGUGAAGUUGGGCAGAUGGUAGUCUGGAGUCCGCGAUCCCGGGUGUGUAGUCUGCUGCAGAGCCGUGAGGGGGAGAAGACUGCAGCUCCCAUGCUGGACGUGCACGCCAUCCUGAUGUGAUGCGGAGCACACCCCCGCACCGCCGGCUGUAUGUCCAAACUUUGUGCACACCGCAGCGUCUGUUAGCCUGUACCGCAGCCGUCUCUCCGGGCUACACAACUCGCCACCUCCUAAUCGCCUGCCGGGGAUGGACCGGAGGAGACAGUGGAUCGGUAGGAACAUGAGCGGGGUGUUCUUCUGUGCGGUGUCUGUGGUCCUCCUCAUGGAGCCCUGUGCCAUCCUGGGCAAGAACCUCAAGUACAGCAUCUACGAGGAGCAGAUGGUGGGCUCGGUGGUCGCCAGGCUGGCGGAGGAUGUGGCCGAUAUCUUGUCCAAGUUGCCGAACCCUUCGUCGGUGCGUUUUAAGGCGAUGCAGCAGGGGAAGACUCCUCUUCUCCUAGUCAAGGAGGAUAAUGGGGAGAUUAGUAUCGGGGCCAAGAUCGACCGGGAGCAGCUAUGUCAGAAGAACUUAAAUUGCUCCAUAGAGUUUGAUGUGAUCACCUUGCCCACACAGCAUCUGCAGCUCUUCCAUGUGGAGGUGGAGGUGCUGGAUAUCAAUGACAAUGCGCCCCACUUCUCCAGAGCCCUCAUCCCCAUCGAGAUCUCUGAGAGUGCUGCUGUGGGCACCAGGAUCCCCCUAGACAGCGCCUUUGACCCUGAUGUUGGAGAAAAUUCCCUUCAUACCUAUUCCCUGUCAGAGAAUGAAUAUUUUAAGAUCGAGGUGAAAACCAGGACUGAUGGUGCCAAAUAUGCAGAACUUAUUGUGGUCAGGGAGCUUGACAGGGAACACCAGUCUAGCUAUGAGCUCCAGCUUACUGCCUCAGAUAUGGGGGUCCCCCAGAGAUAUGGCUCAGCAAUCCUCAAAAUUACCAUCUCUGACUCCAAUGACAACAGCCCAGCUUUUGACAAGAAGUCUUAUGUUAUCAAGCUACCUGAAAAUGCCCCAGUGGGGACUUUACUUAUAGACCUCAAUGCCACAGACCCCGAUGAAGGAGCCAAUGGAAAGGUGGUGUACUCUUUUAACAGCAAUGUUUCCCCCAAAAUCGCUGAAACUUUCAGAAUGGAUCCUGAGAAGGGCCAGCUGACUUUAAUAAAGCAAGUGGACUAUGAGACAACCAAGUCCUAUGAGAUUGAUGUUCAGGCCCAGGAUAUGGGACCCAAUUCUAUCCCGGGUCACUGCAAGAUUAUUAUAAACGUGAUUGAUGUGAAUGAUAACAAACCGGAAAUCAAUAUCAAUCUGAUGUCGUCUGGUAAGGAGAUUGCUUACAUUUCGGAAAGUGCUCCUCUGGAUACCUUUGUGGCCUUGGUAAGGGUGGUAGAUAAAGAUUCUGGACUAAAUGGAGAAAUUGUUUGUAGGCUUCAUGGACAUGGACAAUUCAAGCUGCAGAAAACAUACGAAAACAAUUACUUAAUACUGACCAACGCCACACUUGAUAGAGAAAAGAGGUCUGAGUAUAGCUUGACUGUCGUAGCCGAGGACAGGGGGCUGCCAAGUCUCUCCACAGUCAAGCACUUUGCAGUGCAGAUAAGUGAUGAGAAUGACAACCCACCAAGGUUCCAGACCAGCAGAUACGAGAUUGUUAUGGUGGAAAACAAUUUACCUGGCGCACAUGUUACCUCUGUCAGGGCAACUGAUCCAGAUCAAGCUGAAAAUGGUCAAGUGACAUAUAUUAUUCCUGAAAGCUUUAUUCAAGGUAGCUCUAUUACAACCUAUGUAACUAUUGACCCCUCCAAUGGUGCAAUAUAUGCGUUAAGGGCGUUUGACCAUGAAGAAAUCAAUCAGAUUGUCUUCACCGUCCAGGCCAGAGACAGUGGAGUUCCACAGUUGGUCACCAAUGCUACAAUGGUUCUCACAGUUGUAGAUGAAAAUGAUAACUCCCCAGUCAUUGUGGCCCCUGCUCUUCACAAUAACACUGCAAAGAUUUCCGUCCCCAGGGAUGCUGAUAGUGGCUUCUUAAUUACCAAAAUAAAAGCAAUGGACAGAGACUCUGGUUUGAACUCUGAACUCACUUGUUCCAUCAUUGCAGGGAAUGAAUUUGAUGUUUUUCUUAUUGAUGCCAAAUCUUGCGAAAUUUUCACUAAUAUGAGUAUGGAGACUUUCCCAAUCCAAGAAUGGGACCUAUUAGUUUUGGUUCAUGACAAAGGGACUCCUCCACGAUCUACUAAAGCACUACUAAAAUGUCAUAUUCUUGAAACUCCUGAUGCUGCUGGCAGUACAGAGGCCACAUAUGUUAACCAGACCUCUAUGGAUGUCUCAAUGAUGAUUAUUAUUUCCUUGGGAGCUAUUUGUGCAGUUCUUUUAGUCAUCAUGGUUAUUUUUGCAACAAGGUGUAACAGAGAAAAGAAGGACAACAGAUCAUACAACUGCAGGGUGGCAGAGUCAACUUAUCAGCAUCAUCCAAAGAGGCCUUCAAGACAAAUUCACAAAGGGGACAUUACAUUAGUGCCUACUAUGAAUGGGACCCUUCCUAUCAGAUCCCAUCACAGGUCAUCUCCAUCACCUUCUCCUACCUUGGAGCGUGGCCAGAUGAGCAGCAGGCAAAGUCAUCAUAGUCGCCAGUCUCUCAACAGUCUAAUGACAAUCUCAUCUAAUCAUGUACCAGAUACCUUCUCUCUGGAAUUGACCCAUGCUACUCCAGCUGUUGAGGUAUCCCAACUGCUCUCCAUGCUUCACCAGGGACAGUACCAGCCAAGACCAAGCUUUCGAGGAAACAAGUAUUCUAGAAGCUACAGGUAUGCCCUUCAAGACAUGGAUAAAUUUAGUCUGAAAGACAGUGGUCGUGGUGAUAGUGAAGCAGGAGACAGUGAUUAUGACCUGGGCAGAGAUUCUCCAAUUGACAGACUUCUGGGCGAAGGAUUCAGUGAACUUUUCCUUACUGAUGGGCAUAGAAUGCCUCCAGUCAUGAGAUACUGUACAGACGAAUGCAGGGUUCUAGGACAUUCCGAUCAGUGCUGGAUGCCCCCUCUUCCCUCUCCUUCUGCAGACUACAGGAAUAACAUGUUCAUCCCUGGUGAAGAAGUCCAACCUCUCCAGCAGACACAGCCACAAAACCAGCAGCAGACACAACAGGGUCCUCUUCUUGAGGAUGAUGUGCUUCCUACUGAUCAGAAUGAGAAGAAGAAAAGUUUCUCUACAUUUGGCAAGGAGUCUCAGCAUGAGGAAGAAGCCUGCACAUCUUCCCUCCUCACUGAAAUGAGCAGUGUUUUCCAACGCCUGCUACCUCCAUCUAUGGACAACUACACUGAAAGCACUGAAGCUGAACGCUCAAACUCUUUAGAGAGACGGAAAGGCCAAGUGCCUACUAAGACAGUAAGUUACCCCCAAGGGGUCGCUGCAUGGGCAGCAAACACACAUUUUCAAAAUCCCACCAAUGUUGGUGGGCCUUCAAUAGGAAAUCAUUCCAGUGCACAACCGUCUUCUAAGUGGUUGCCAGCCAUGGAGGAGAUCCCAGAGAACUAUGAAGAAGAUGACUUUGAUAAUGUUCUUAAUCAUCUCAAUGAUGGGAAACAUGAACUUAUGGAUGCUAGUGAACUUGUGGCUGAAAUUAAUAAACUUCUUCAAGACGUGAGGCAAAAUUAGGCGACUUUGUUACAUUCUUUUUCCAUAUUUAUGGAGUUCCAGAACAAUCAAAAACACUUCUUGACAUUUGGUUGCAUUUAUAAAAAUGUGUCUGUGUAUGUUAAAUAUUCAAAUGCUGUAUUUUCAUAUGUACACAAAACAAGUGUGACUAUUGCUAUCUGUAUUUUAAAAAUACAUUUGUAUCUUAUAUUUAUGUGUAAUUUAAAAUAAAGAAAUUUUAUUUUUGUA